UUCCUCUCUCUCUGGUGAGGAACACUUUCACUUCCUGCUACUCCAGGCCUCCCCUCGGAGAACAGGGGCCAGACCAUGGCUUGCUGGCCUCGCGUAUCCUGAAGAUGGCUCAGCUGGAGGACAAGGCCCCUGCAGGCCCCAUCAAUGCGGAGAGACCGAUUCUGUCACAGGUGAAUGGAGCGGGUGAGACCCCCGUAGGGGUCCUGGGGACCCCAGAGCCACUGCUUCGCCUGUGGAGGACAUCGGGGGUGUGGCAGGUCCCAGAGCUGGACACACAGGAUGCAGAAGCCCUUCUUGAGCUGUGGCCACCAGGGAGUUUCCUGGUCACAGGAUACGACCCUAGCCAGGUCCUGGUGUUGAGGACAGGAGCUUCACGAGGAGAAGUCCACACCUACCAGAUCCAGAAGCUUCCUGGAGGUGUGUCCCUGAAAUACUCUAACCUCUGCAUGCCGGACCUGCCCCAUCUCCUGGCCUUCCUUUCAGCCAGCAGGGAUGUUUUGCCCAGAACUCUGCUCUUGCCCCCUCCCACUCGAAGGCCUGGAGACCAACACGCAGGUCCUCUGCAGAUUGGUGGUGUCCAACUCAACAUGUCGGAGAGGGUGCUUUCCGUGGUGAACAAGCUCUACGUGGAGACCCACAGAGGGUGGAGGACGGAGCAGAUGCCGCCAGAGACACCUCCAGAAACUGCAGAAAGACACAGAUCAGCCCCCAGGAACCCUGCCCCUCACAGGGUCUCGUGGGUUGAAGGCCCACUCAGCCCCGAGGUGCACCACGCUGGGCCAGCUCUGGCCAGCCUGGUGGAGGAGACAGAGAAGGAGGACAAGGAUGAGAACGAGGACGAAAAUGAGGCCGACUUCAGAGAUGAAGAGAACGAACCGGAGGAUGUGCUCACCCAUCACAUCCAGGCUCUGGCCAGGGCCCGGGGCAGCUACGUGGGCAGGCAGUUCCAGGGCCUGAGGGCGCGUCUCACCUCAAAUACCAGAGGCCCCCACAGGCCUGGGGACGCAGCCACAGAGCUGCUGCAGGAUGUGCGGCACCUCCUUACUGACCUCCAGGAUCACUUAUCAAAGGACCCCGACGUUAGAGCUGUUUUUGGGAGCCUGGGGCCUGGGACCCCCCAGAAGGACGACGGUCUUGGCGCCGCGGUGGAGGCGGCCUUGUGCCGGGCGGUGCUGGCGCCGCUGAAGCCCGCCCUGUGGACGCGACUCCGCACGCUGCGGGCCGGGGAGCUGCGGCGCCUGCGGCAGCGACAAGUAGCCCUGCGGGCGGGGGCGGGGCCUCCGGGAGCCCAGGGGGCGGGGCUGGCGGGGCAGGGCCCCGCCCCCGCCCUGCGGAGCCGCAUCCACGCGCGCCUGGCGCACCUCCACGCCGCCUGCGCCCCACGCCGCAAGGUGGCGCUGCUGCUGGCCGUGUGCAGUGACGUCUACGCGGGCCUGGCUCGGGGCGAGAACCAAGAGCCGCUGGGGGCCGACGCCUUCCUGCCCGCGCUGACGGAGGAGCUGAUCUGGAGUCCGCACAUUGGGGAGACGCAGCUGGACGUGGAGUUUCUCAUGGAGCUGUUGGAUCCCGACGAGCUACGGGGAGAAGCCGGGUACUACCUGACCACGUGGUUUGGGGCGCUGCACCACAUUGCGCACUACCAGCCCGACGCGGGCCGCGCCCCCCAGGGGCUCAGCUCCGAGGCUCGCGCCUCCCUGCGCCAGUGGCACAGCCGGCGGACGCUGCACAGACAGGACAGACAGAGCCACGACGGAGCCCAGGUCAGCCUGUCCUUUGAGGAACCGUGGGUGAGAGACCCUGUGCCCAGAGACCAGUGACGAUCAGGGGUCUCAAACCCUCCUGCUCUCCAGGCAAGAUUCCAGAAGCACCAGGACGGCACCGACUUCUGGUUGGUUUAGGUGCAGGGGAGUAGCCGGGGUUCCCAGGAACAGACCCACCCCUGGGCCUCUGCAUUGGCUGCUCCAGCUUUCUGGAAUCCCCUUUCCUGAUAUCCGUAUUGCUCUUUCCCUCCAUUCCUUGGGUCUUUAGGCAGAUGUCCCCUCUCAGUGAGGCUCUCCCAAUCACCCUCUGUAAAGGCCCAGCUCCUCUGACUUGACCCUCCCUGGGGUAUCCACCUCCUAAUCCCCAGAAUCUGUGAAUAUGUUACCUUACAUGGACAAAGGGACUUUAUGUAUGUGGCUAAAUUAAGGAUCUUGAUAUGGGGAAAUAAUUCUGGGUCAUCCUGGUGACCCCGUAUAAUCACAGGAGGAUUUAAUAUAUGUAUUAAAUAUAUUAUUUUAUAUUAUUAUA